AUGAAACUUAGUGGAUCACAAACUAUUGAUGUUGGUGAAACAUCUCCAGGUGAAACCAGAGCAAGAAGAAACAAGAAGUUCCCAGAUCUCAUCUCCCAACCAGAUGAAAAUACUAAGACUCUCUAUGAUGUUUAUCAGAAUGAAAAUAGACAAAAAUUAAAAGUAUAA